AACGCGCCGAGCUUCCGAGAGGCAGAAAUUAAACUUAAAACGAGCGAGACGACAGCCCCGGGGGCGCGGUUUCCACUUCCCAGGGCGCACGAUCYGGAUAUGGGUCAGAAUUCCCUGCAGAGCUACGAGCUGAGCGGCGACGAGCACUUCUCGCUGGCCGUGCAGGCGGGGCCCGGCGGCGAUCAGCGUCCCGAGCUGGUGCUGGCGAAGGCGCUGGACCGGGAGGAGGCGGCGUUUCACGAGCUGGUGCUGAGGGCGAGCGACGGCGGCGAUCCGGCACGGACUGGCACGGCUCGGAUCCGUGUGACUGUGCUGGAUGCGAAUGACAACGCUCCUGUGUUCAGCCAGGCGGAGUACACGGUGCGUGUGCCCGAGGACGUGCCCGUGGGUUCUGUCCUCGUCACAGUUACAGCCACCGAUGCCGACGAGGGGUUGAACGGACACGUGAAGUAUUCAUAUCAAACCGUCUCUGUGAAAGCCUCCAAGAUGUUCCAGCUGGAUGCCGAAACGGGAGCUAUCACGUUGAUGCACAACUUAGACUUCGAGGAGGGUACCUCAUACGAACUGGAGGUGCAGGCACAUGAUGGAGGGGAGCUUUUCGACAUAGCCAAAGUGGUGAUCAACGUAACRGAUGUYAACGACAAUGUGCCCGAAAUUUCGGUGCGAUCGGCAUUAAGYGAGGUCUCUGAGGACUCCCCGUCAGGGACCGUGGUAGCCCUGUUGCACGUCGAGGACCGGGACUCCGGUGCGAAUGGCGAGGUGCGCUGCUCGCUUGAUGGAGAUGUCCCGUUCCAGCUGCAGAACUCACAUGGCAGCUACUACCGUGUGGUGACAGCGAGAGAACUGGACCGUGAGCAGGUGUCCGAGUACAACGUGACGGUGCGG